GUGUCAUUUUUUUUUUUAGUUUACUUGUUUCCCUCCCGUUAUCUGGCAACCCCAGCCAAACUGCGACAGCGCCAAUGGCAGCAAAACAUAACUGUUACAGGCGAGGAGGAUGACAGCAAUGAGGAUUUAAUAUUUUGAUCAUUUCCUGCCCACAUAAGGGAGACCGUGUUACUUUAUCUCGAAACAAAGAGCCCGUAGUGCUCAAGUCUAGCACUGAGUAUGAUUCCCUGGUUGCGGCAGAGGUGAGGAAGCAUGGGGUGGAAAUCUGAGGUGCCUGGACGAACGUGAUGACAGUAUGGUCAACGGUGGAGAAGCUCAAAAUGGAAAAACGCCCAUGGAGGGAGGAGAACAUUGACUCAAGCGAGGCGCAGCACGCCACUGAUGAUUCUGAGGAUGGAAGCAGCUCAGAGAGCGAAUCAGAAGAGUGGAAACAGCCGAGGGCUCAGGUGAGCGGCAGCAGGUGUAAGAAGAGGGAGCCCUUAGCUGUCACAAAACCCCACAGACAGCUCUGCCGCUCUCCAUGCCUUGACCGGCCCAGUUUUUCCCAGAGUAGCACUGCGCAAGAUCUCCGUGAGGAUGACACCAGCACAGGACCAGGGAUCAAGUCUGCCAGCAACAAGGAGUACCAGACUAAGAUGGACUUUGCCUUAAAAUUGGGCUACUCUGGGGAGCAGGUGGAGACGGUACUCAACAAGUUGGGGGCUGCUGCACUUAUUAAUGAUGUUCUUGCUGAGUUAGUGAGGCUUGGAAACAAAGUAGAGCCAGAGAGCCAACCUUGCAGCAGCACUGCUGCAUCGAUAUCACAGUCCCCCUGUGUGAAAGAGACCGUCAGCCCAGAGGUUUCAGUGGAAGACGACUCUGUGGAUACUUAUGAUAACCUCAGGCCUAUCGUCAUUGAUGGUUCAAAUGUGGCGAUGAGCCAUGGGAACAAGGAGGUUUUCUCUUGCCGUGGUAUCCAACUUGCUGUUGAAUGGUUCUUGGAGAAAGGACACAAAGACAUCACAGUAUUUGUCCCAGCCUGGAGGAAGGAACAGUCGAGGCCUGAUGCCCUCAUCACAGAUCAGGAGAUAUUACGCAAACUGGAAAAAGAAAAGAUCCUGGUUUUCACCCCAUCCCGGAGAGUUCAAGGCAGGAGAGUGGUGUGCUAUGAUGAUCGCUUCAUAGUGAAGCUGGCUUAUGAUUCUGAUGGAAUUAUCGUGUCGAAUGACAACUACAGGGACCUGCAAAAUGAAAAGCCAGAGUGGAAGAAGUUCAUAGAAGAGCGUCUCCUCAUGUACUCGUUUGUCAACGACAAGUUUAUGCCACCUGAUGAUCCUCUAGGAAGACAUGGUCCAAGUUUAGAAAAUUUCUUACGCAAGCGUCCAGUUGUCCCUGAGCAUAAAAAACAACCCUGCCCUUAUGGGAAAAAGUGCACGUAUGGACAUAAGUGCAAGUACUAUCAUCCUGAGCGUGUCAACCAGCCACAGCGGUCAGUGGCGGAUGAACUUCGGGCUUUUGCCAAGUUGUCUGCAGUGAAGACGAUGAGUGAGGGGGCUUUAAUUAAGUGUGGUAUGGGGCCUGCAACUGUAAAGGGGGACGGCAGCUCUGAGGCCAAACGUGUGGCACCUAAACGCCAAUCUGACCCCAGUAUUCGCUCAGUGGCCUGUGAACCUCCUGAGGCGCUGUCCGCGAUGAGGAAGUCUGAGGCGAAUUCAGUGCCUUCCCUUGUGUCUGCUCUCAGUGUGCCCACCAUGCAGCCUGUCAAGAGCCACGCAGCUGGUGCCUUGAACACACGAUCAGCCAGCAGCCCGGUGCCGGGUUCUCUGCAGUUCGCACACAGUUCUCUGGAGCACAUGUCUAGUGUACAGUACCCUCCUAUUUUAGUUACAAAUAGUCAUGGCGCCUCUGUUACUUACAGUGAACAGUUCCCAAAGUAUGACUCAGUUAGCGAUCAUGGCUAUUAUUCACUGCACAGUGAUUUUUCAAAUAUGAGCAUGAGCAGCAUGCACAACGUCGACAGUUUCUGUAGCAUGGAGCACGAGCAUGGUGUGUAUCAGAGAAAUCCCAGCCACUGCGUUGAAUCCUGCCUCAGCCAUUCGAACAGUGACUCGUUCUCCUCUUACGGGGACCUUUACCCGAGCUCGGUGGACAGUAGCUUAGAGGAGAGCAUGAAAGGGCAGCAGCAGACUAGCGCACAAGCUAGGAUGCAAGCUUUCUCCCAUGGGUUUCGUCAUGAAGCACUGACAAGAGUGCAAAGUUACGGACCAGAGGAACCCAAACAGGGCCUGCGUAAGCAGCAUUCUGGAUCUCGUCUGGCUCCCCAUAUCCAGCAUGUGGCAGUGGGGGCCAGGUCUAGCUGUCCUGGAGACUAUCCCCUAACUCAAAAUGUUCUCCCACCUCUGUCCUCACAGCCCACACGGUCUCUCGGUAUGACUCGUAUGGACAGCAUAUCAGACUCAAGGCUAUAUGAUAGCAACCCAAUGAGACAGAGGAGACCGCCACUGUGCCGUGAGCAGCACGCCAGCUGGGACCCUCUGCCGUGUGGAAGUGAGUCCUAUGAAUAUCAUUCAUAUCCAUUGAGUAACAGCCUUAUGCCGUGUUGCGAGCGGGUGAUGGUCCGCAGCAUGCCAGAAAAAAUGGAACAAAUCUGGAACUCACCAUGGGAGACGCCAUCUGCAGUUGAACACCAAGAGCGGUACGUCAUCCCAGACCACCAGUAUCAAACAUAUCGGAACCUUUGUAACAUCUUUCCUGCGUAUGUAGUCCAUUCAGUAAUGGAGAAGAACCCUCAUUUGACAGACCCUCAGCAACUCGCCGCUGUCAUUGUAACAAAAUUGAGGUCAUGCCAUUGAGCUUUUUAUUCACAUUUGAUGGGAUACGACAAAGGAAAUGCACAUUUUUUUAUUGCAAAGAUAGGCACUGGUUUCAUGUUGCUGCAUGUGCAACAUCUGCCCUCAGGAGGUUUUUUUUCUUUCUAAAUGUGUUAGGAGGGAAAUCUGUUUAUCAGAUUUUACACGAGGUGACACAGAAGAAACAAGUAUAGAGGAAGUUUGUCUCAUAAGUUGAUCUUAAAUUGUAAGAUCUUUCACAUGAGAAAGCUACAAUUACAUCAGUUAAAAUUAGGUUGAACCUUAUUAGAAAUCUGGUUCAUGACGUAUUCAUACCACCUGAGCAGGAGCUGCAUUCCAACCAACUUUAUGAUUGAUUAAACCUUCAUUCAAGCUCACAUAAAAUGUGUUGUCAGAAAACAUUCAACCUGACUGGCAUAUCCUUAAGAUCAAUUUUUGUGCUGCUCAGUUAAUUUAUCCAAUCAAUAACAUGAAAAUAUGUAUGGACAGCAGGUUCACCUGAAGUUGACUGCAAGGCAGGUGAGCAGUAAGAACACCAGUCAUGAAAAAGCAUUUCAUCAUUAGUUGAGUCCUUCUUUUACAAGUUUACCAAUUAUUACCAUAGAAUUCAAUAAUUAUUGCACCUUGGUGUUAAAUCAUUAGAACUGGAAGCAUCUUAAUUAACUAGCUGGUUCAUUUGACUUGCUAGAAUUAUGAUAAAUGCUGUCCAUGUAGAAGUACAUUUGAACAAAUUAGCUACAUAGCAUUACAGUGAGGACAGGAAGUAAUAAAUCUAAAUUCUCAUAUCUGGCUGACAUAAGAGUACGUCAACAUUUGUACAUCAUGUAGCUUUUAUGAAGAUCUUGUUCAGGCGCUGUGAAUGUGCUAUGAAAGGCAUCUGAAGUGUUUCUGGUGCAGUGGAACUAUAAAUAACCGUGCUUAGGUCUGCCUCUGGUGUAAAUAAUUCUUGUGACUUUUUGUGCAUUCAUUUUGGAGAUAAGUCAAAGGGAGGUAGGUACAUACCUCACAGCAUGAACCCUGACAUUUAAUGGCCUUAUAUCCGAAUGACCUCAUGCUUUUAGUCAUUGUCUGAUCGGUUUCAAUGAAAGUCUUACUCUUUGAAGCCUCCUAUUUUCAAAUGUAAAGCACUAUCUCAGUAUCUAAAGAGAUAUAUUUUCUCAGCCUCACUUAACAAAGCUACUAUUUUGGUAGAAUUUGACAGUGCACAAAGCAAGCCAAACAAGAGAUUUGACUUGUAUACAUGUGCACAUUUCUAUGUACAUAUAAUCACACAAAAGCCAUUAUUUCAAAGUCAUUUAUAAGCUGCUAAAUAAUGCCAAAAAAAAUUAUUUAUAUAGUGUCAGUAUUCUACAUUACUUUAUGUUUUAGUUAUCAGAAUUGAUUGGAUUAUAUUAUAAAUUAACAUCUGUGUUUGAAUAAUUUCCUAUAAUGUAUUAUAUAGUUAACUAUCUGGUUUGAUUAGAUGCUACGUCCAGGAUUUUCCUAUUAAUAUAUCUGUCAGAUUUGUUGUGCUAAUUCUUUUCAGUGUGAAAAUAUUCAAAGCAUCUUUGUUUCAAACAGUAGCUCUAAUGGACUCCUUCAAGUUCUUAGUGGAGCAGUUUUUUUGGGGGGGAAGGUAAAGAUUAUGUCAAAUUACUACUUUUACAUGCACUUAAGUCAAGAGUUUCAACUUUUGCCGGUGCAAAGUCUAGUUACCUGUAUCAACUGAAGGAAAAGUGAAACUCUAACUCGGCUAGAUUCCUGAUUUUGAGUUUGGCAAUCCGUUCAGAAUUGAAAAGCAUUGUUCAAAGAAAUCCAGCUAUUGCCGUAGUAGUUGGCCAGUUUCAUGACUGAAGCUGAUUUGUGAUAGUUACCUAGUUUCUUACGUACAUGUAAAUGUAAUAAAACACUGAGGGAUGAUUUCACAGGGUUGUGUUGUUGCUUAAGUAGAAAUGUUCUAUUUGAGGUGGAAUAAGUGUUUACUGACACAAUUUUUUAAUGUUUGCACAAAGAAUUUUGCAACAGACUGAAACUUUGCCUGAUAAUAAAUUUGUCAGAUAAAGUAAAAAAACUCUAGCCUCUGAGGGAGCUGAAUACAGGACUGAUUUUGUGAUAUAUGUGGAUCAUGGGGUUUAAAUCAUGAAAUUUUAAAACCGAAAUAUACGCUAUACGGCAUAUUGAAAAUGUAAUUUUAUUGAAUGGCUUUUUAUGCUUGGCUGUGUUGUACUAAUACAGACUUUAACUAAGCAUAUAUACAGCCAGUUUCCAAGGAUCAUGGAAGGGUUUGGCUGUGCCUUGCAGCACAUUGCUCUCAGGAUGCUUUCAAUUUUCUAAUUCUGUCUUGCCCUGCCAAAAAAAGCGGUCGUUACUGGCAAGAGUAAUCUGAUUUAGAAGUGAUAUAUUUUGUGAAAAUCCUACAUGUAACAUGUAGUAUCUUAAAGUGGGUUAUGUACAGCUGAAACAUCAAGGUAGUAUUGCAAAACUGUACUUUUUGUGUAUGUGCUUGUUAUGCACCUCAAGUUCUUUCAAAAGGAGCUAAUAGGAUGGUUUUAAAUGAUGCAGCUUCGGUCAAAUUAGUUGGAAAAUUGCUGAAUUGGUCUCCAUAAAGGAUAAAAAACAAAUCCCUGAAAGGCUACAACAUUUUUCUACAGUUUCAUGAACUUUUGGCAGUGGUUGAACCAGUGUUUGGAGCUUGAAAAUGUAGGGUGGGGGCCAUGAGUUUCCCAUUGUUACAUAUGGUGUGCCCCCAAGGUCAUAAGGUCAAAUUGAUCUCUUUUUAACUAAAGGGCACAUGAGUAUUAAUAUCACUAAGCACAUGCAUGCUCCCAAGAGGAUCACCACCUUUGAUGUUGAUAAUCCGUUUCCUUUUCUUGACUCCCACCCUCAGGACAAAGUGGUCCAACCUAAGAGUUCAGAGCUGUUUGCAACAUGUAAAGCCAGCCCUAAUAGCAAUAUCAUGCUUUGAGUAUGCUUAAAGGGAGAUGCCACUUAUUUGUAGGAUUCAGGCUUCUUGUUGGAUAACAAAAAAUGAAUAGAGGACAGUUAAUAGUUCUUGUGUUUUGUUAUCUGAAUAAUGAUUUAAAACAGGGAGAUCAGGAAAGUUGAGUGAAUCAGCAUAACAGACCACACUUUUAGGAUUUAUGAAAGUUUUUCGUGAUAUCACUGAGAAGUUGAGUGAGAAUUUUUUAACUGAGUGGUAUUCCUCUUUAACAGAGUUUAUUCAGAUUUUGUCUCGUUGAUGGUGCAUCAAAAAUAUCUAUUUCUUUUUAAUGUUUAGGUACAGCCGUGGUGUAUGAACAGACAUAAAGAAAAAAAAACAUUUGAAUGUGUUUUGCCCAAAAGAGUUUUGGGCUUUGCUGACUUUGUUUUUUCAUGAAAAAAGACGAGGCCACUUAAGGCCGGCUGUCUGUUCAUGAGAAGGUGAAACAAACUGCCUAAUGUUUCUACAUGUGAAACAAUCAGAUUGCAAGGCUGCUGUCAAGGUUGUUUCUGGCAUUUGGCUAAAAGUUUGCGUGCCAUCCUUUUUCCUUGAGAAGGUUGAAUUGUUAUAGUUUACAUGACAAACCUUGGUCUCUCCAUGUCCUUUGUGUUCUCACUGGUGGAAAAACAAAUCCAAAACUAAAGCAUGACAAUGGGGUCUCUGAUUAGAGACCAAAUUAAAAUCACAUAAUCUGACUUAAAUCUGUUUGAACAUUAUUGAGAUGUAAGAUUAUGUCUGUGGAGUGGUUAAUCACCCUGAUGAACUCAGAAUAAGAUUACUUUGUUUUUCUGAAAGAACUAAUUAGCAGGCAUGAAAUCAAUGUCAAAUCUUUUUAACUUUGUUAGAUCCUUUAAUCUCGAUUAGUUGUUUGCUUUCAUAAAGAAGUGCACACAUGAUUUAAUUUUAGCUGCUGAUUUGGCCCACGAGCAUGUGUGUUACUAUUUCUGGCAGAGUGCCACAGAGCAGCCACUUGUCUGUAAUCAGAUAAAAUGCACUCAUGGACAAUGUGGGCUUGACAAGUAUCAGAGCAAAUUCACACCAGAAGCGCUGUGGCUUUUAAAUGCAGGUCCAAAAUGUUAAAAUGCAAGUGUGAGGUGCUGCUCUAAUCAUUAAGGCUAGAAUUUCUAGCUUUGAUGCGUAUCUUCUGGAUGUUUUUAUAUUACAGGAUAAAAGAAAGGAAAAAUGAAGGGAUGAUUUUGUCUUUUUUUUUCUAAUAAAAGUUGUAUCUAAAAAUCAUUGUUGCUCCCAAGACAACUUCAAGAAAAACUGUUCACAGGGUGAUUGACUACUUCCAGUCCAACAUUCAAACACUCAAAUAACGUUGAAAUGUACCGUGUCAGUAGAGAACUGUAUUUCUGAAAGGUUAAAGGUCAGAAUGUUGUUCAUGGUUCCCAUCCUCCCUUUGAACGUGCCGCAAACAACUAAGCCACAAAUGUCUAGAAUUGACUUUUGCUUGUUGAUACAAAUUGUAUCUAUACCUUGAAUGUAACAAAAUAUGAAAUGUAUAAUAUGAAAAUAGUUUUAUUUAAAUAAGGGGGGUAAAAAAUCAAUGCCGUAAUGUUUGUGACACUGUGUGUCACGGGGAGUAGCCCAUUGGUAUGAACUAAUUCUUACUGGGUACAGCAGUAAACUUACAGGGACAUUUACGUGCUACGUAACAUUGCACAGAUACCCUGUGUACAGCAGUGAGCAUCAUGUCCUCUCUGUAAAUAGUCACACAUGUGUGUGUAUAUAUAGAAAGAGAUCUGUAAAUGUAACAGUAACAGUUACUUCAGUUGUUCAAAUACUUAGAUUAUUUCUGUGUUGUAACCUGUGCACCUUGGUUAAGUGCAUCUCUUUCCUCUGAAUUUGACAUGUCUGCUUUAUGCUAUUUUAAUGGGAAUUUCAAUAUUUUUGAAUAUAUUUUGCCUAAUAAAACAUGCCAAAGUUAUUCUUGGGUGACUUUGUCAAAAGUAUUUUUUUGUGCAAUGAACUGAGGAUUUUUUUCCACAUGAUGUAAACUAAAAAUUACUAAACAACAACAAACACAAAUCUGAGCGUUAAAGUCCUGACACAGGAAUCUGUCAUUGACUGAUCUCUGGUCCCCGCAUGACGCAAUCACAUGCCCUAUAAACCGUCUAUUAGAAGCUAACAGCAGUGUGACAGGCUGUCACUGAGCGGUGAAUUUAGUGACCGUGUUAAAUCAGAUUUGUGUUUGAUGUACAGAUCUUGUUAAAUUAACUUUUAUCUUAGUGUUUGAUUCGAGGACUAUCAAGCAGCUGAUUCAAGGACUAACACUUGUAUGUUAACAAACAAAAAGUGUUUUGAUUUGUGAUCUAUUUUAGGGUUAUUUACCAAUUGUACUGUCAUCAUUUUGCUAUAUGAGGCCAGUUUGCUUACUGUUGUUUAAAUGAACAGUCUAUAAGCUUAAGCUGGCCCUGUGGGAAUUAGACUAGUAUUUUUUUAAAGAUGUAAACACUGAUGUUGUCAAUGAGUAUUAACUUAAGUUUCAAAUCAGUUAAUGGCUAUGAACAACACCAAAGUGAUUUUUGAUGUGCACACAUUAAGUACCUGUUAUGAUGAUUGGUUCAAACACAAACACACAAACCGUUGUGGUCAAACCUCCAAUGGUGAACCUCUUGACGUCCUGCUGUUUCUACAAGCAUACAACUCAUUUCAAAGUUGACUUGUUUGUGAUAAAAAUGCCACGACAAGAGGUACACACAUUUGAACACGGCUGUACACACAGAGAACACAGUGUAAUACUCAGGUCAAAUCACACUCACACUUUAAAUCACACACUUGGUUGUUUUCUAUUAUUGAAAAAAGCAGUGGUCACAUUUCUGAAGUAGUGAAAGUCUCCUGUUUAAGUUGACUGACUUGUCUUCAAUGUACAAAGGGAAAUAUAAAGCAAGUUUUUUUUUGUGCUGUGAUGAUCUGCGGUAUUGUAAUCCACGCUGAAUGGAAAGCAUUGCUUUUAUAGACCAAAAUAUACAAAAUAAUUAUUUUGGGUCUGUGGGCUCAAACAAAAUGUAAGUCUUAAUGACAAAAUGUGUUCCUCUCCGUAAAUAAAGCAAAAUUCUGUUCAAA